ACAUCUCUCCAUUUGCUAUUAGGGUUUCCUCCACUGUUUAAGAUAAUUGGUUAACUGUCUUGGUCGCAAAAUUCCAAUGGAGACUCCAUCAUCGACUAGAAGAGUAACCAGAUCGCAGGCCAAAGCUGCUGCUUCUGCAAACACCGUUACUACCAAUAACAUCCCCAUUUCAAAGAUGAGAAUAGAAGAAUCUGAAAAGAAGAAGGGACAGAGGAAUGAUACUCAACAGCAAGAAAGAGGUGCACUUGUUGACAUAACCAACGAUUCACCCAUUAUAGGGCUGGCAAUGGGGGGUGCCACAUCAUCAACGUCGUCAACAAUGGUGUCCAAGAAGAGGGUGAUGAUGGUGAAAACUACAAGUCCAGGAUCGGGGGAGGCUCUCUUGAGAGGUCAAGUCAAAAACUUGUUGCAGAAGGUCGAAGAAGAUGAGUCGCAUCUCGUCUCGAUCAAACAACUCUCGAUGGCAAAUAACAAUAACAAUAGACCUUUCCUUCACCUUCUUCAAAGCCCAAUGCAUCUUUUUCUUGCUCCAACCCCGGCAAACACGCCCCAUCUAAACCCUCCUGAAAAUAUGUUGCCCUCUGUCACUCCAACACCUGUUGAAGACAAGCUCACUAUCUCUCAGAUGAACGGAGAAGAUGAGAGUAAGGUGACAAGGUCACUGCUGCUGGAGUUUUCAGAGAAGUCGGAGGGGUACGAUUCAUCAUCAGUGGUGACAAAUGAGACUGUGGUAACAACAGCAGGAGGAGGAGGGGAAGAUGAUGUCUCAUCAUCUGUUUGGUCUGUCCAGGCGAAUGCUGCAGUUGAAGAGCUUUGCCAGGGCAUGAGCAAGAUCUGCUUCAACACUAGUAAUAAUGGGGGCAACAGGUUUAUUGCAGUAGGGAAGCAUACCCGCUUUGUGUACAACAGCGACGGUGAGAUUGAAGGCGUGGAGGAAGAGGAGGUGCAGCUCCUCAAGGGUUUGCCACAGCCUAAUGGGAAGCAUCUUCGUUUCAGUGAUGAUGAAGAAGAUGAAGAAUAGGGGACGCAUUCUCCCUACUUCUUUUACUUGUUUUGAAACCAACGGCAAAACGCAGUGUCAUUCAGUACUUCUGAAAAUGAAACACUGAUGACUUUGGAAUUGUGUUGAUGAUAAUAUAGAAUAUGUUUGGUGUUUGUUUCUAUUUUGAUUUCUGUGUUUUGGCAUUUGAUUAAAACAACGUUCAUAGUUUGAGGUUAACAGACUGACCCCCUUCCUCUCUUAUGGAGUUCCAUUGGCCUCUUCUUUAUAAAGUUACCAAGUGCGUUACAUUCUUAAUUGUGAAUCCUAUAUUAUUUAUUAUAUUGAAUAUUAACAGUGAACACUUAUUAUUUAGAAACAA